AUGGAAAAUCUGCGAAAAGAAAUCGUGAAAAGGAUCGUGACCGAGUGCAAGGCACGCGAUGUGCACACGACCCGUGACUUUGCUUCCUUUCUGAUAACUUUGUUCCAAUUGAAUCCCGAAUAUGAAAUCAAAGUAGCCGACGAGGAAAACAAUGAGAAGGUAGUCGAGGCAAUAGCGACAAGAAUAUGCGAUGAAGAUAGUUCGAGUUUAACGAUACUAAAGAGUCAAUUGUACUUCACGAAACAUUAUCACGAUAGAGAUGAAACAGUGAAACGCCAUAGGCUGCGUCUGCAUCAGAAAACUGGUCCGAUGGUGAAGGAAAUUUGUGAAACCAAAACCAUUGCCAAUCGACAGGAAUCCGAAAGAUUGUAUCAGAAGAUGUUAGUGGUCAUUACAGUCCUGAGUGGUCUCGGGAAUCCUAUUGUGCCGCCGGUGCUUCGAGAAGUUUCGGUUGCGCUCCAGAGCGUUUUCCAGCCUUCUGAGCUCGAUGCGUACGUGAAAAUGUCUAAACGCGAAAAGGAGGAGCAACUAAUGGAGCUGACGUGCAUAGUCGCGGGAAUACGGUUGUUCAACCGAGAUUGCCAACGUGGCGGCGAAGGGAUCGACGAUCUGCCAGCUAUUUUGCAAGAAGCUACGAAGAAAACCCACGACUCCGUUUUGGACUUGUUGGAACGUCUUAUGUCCAAGAUUUACAGAUUCACGGCAGCCGUGGAGAAGGCAAAUUUUUACUGGGAGGUGUUACCGUUUAGUCAAUUUACCCCGGAGAAUGUAGAGUGGAUUAUUCAGAUGUUGGCGGCGUGUCGACAGCAAGAAAUUUACGUCAGAAAAGUGUUGAACGACGUGGAACGCAGCGAAACGGAGCUGCAGAGUCUCAUGGAACGCCUUCAGGGGCGUCUUUUCAAGCUCCACGAUACCGUAAGAUACAGAACCGCCAUCCCUACAGUCCAAGUAUACCCGCAAUUCAUCGAUCUGGCCGAUAUAUGGAUGGGUCUCCAGGAUGAAGUGAUCAUACUGAGUAGCAUCAACAACUUCUUUUGGGAACUGGAUAACCUGAAUACGGCGACCGUGAACGUGUACAACGAGACCAUACUCAAUGACAUGUUAUCAAAUAAACUUGUUCUGACGGACGCCGAGAGGUUGGAACAAUCGAUGGGCGAAUUGAUAACCAAGUGCGGCGACUGCACUCUUUAUUAUCCCGACACCACCAAGGACUUCGAGAACAUAAAUCUGGAGUUUCUAGGAUUCUGCGCGUGGACGUUCAGUCUCGCACAUGGAGCGUUGAUCCCGGGAAAUCCGAACAACGGUGUCGCCAAAUGGAAAGGAAAAUUUUACGUGUUCAGAUCGAAAGACGCGGCGAACAAUUUCGGGGAUGAUCCGGACAGGUGCAUUUACAAAGCUCUUGAUAUUAUCCGGCAUCGUCUGGAGUACGUGUACCUGUUCCAAGUGUACGACGAUGUACGAGCACUGAAAGCAGAACAGAUGGUAUCGGAGGAAAGACCUCAACUGAAGAUGUGCCACUCGCAAACGGUUCAAACGGAUCUUCAUAUUCUGCCACCUUUCAUUGAUAAAGAGUAUAGUCCGAAUAUGUGGGAUUUGAGGAGAAGAGCAUUGCAUUUGGCAAGUGUAAGUCGUUGCGUAACUCGUAGCACGCAAACAGAGAAGUCGCACUUCCGAUACGGCGUGUACGUGCAAGCUGCUCCACCGCGAGACAAAGAAGUGCAAACUAGAAGAGACAAUUAUAUGAACACGAGAAAGCUUCUAACUUUCAUCUACGGUUUACGGGGUAGACGUGACGGCAAUCAACACGUUUUGUCUUUCUUAGAAGACGGUCUCGACCAUUUAUAAAUUUCAUUUUCUACGAUCGACGUCUUGGGCCUUAUCAGUUUCAAGGAUUCAAUCGGGUGGUUU